CCCUCUUUUUAUUUAACAAAUACGUGCAAAUUCUUAAAUUUAAUCUUCAUCACAACAAUCAAAUUUUUAAUACAACUAUUUUUUCUCAACUUAGUAAACAAAAUUGUCCAGCAUUGCCAAUCAACAGACUUUCUUACUUUCUGCCUGUCAUUUGGCCCAUCAUCACCUUUAGUUUUCUGUUAACUGUGGAUUUGUAAUAUUUACUCUUCCUUUUGUAUUCAACUCAACUGCAACAUCUCUUCAUUAUUCUCUAGUUUGCUGAGUUAGUGCUGCAUAACGCCGCAUUAACUUUGAUAAAUCAUUGGUCAUGGAUUCGUCUUUGCUGUAUUUGUUGCUGCUAAUAUUUGUGAUAAUAAAAGAAAGCUGCCAAGGACCACACGAAAAACGUUUACUCAACCACCUUUUAUCCACCUACAAUACCUUAGAGCGACCAGUGGCAAAUGAAUCGGAUCCCUUAGAAGUUAAGUUUGGCCUAACGUUACAGCAAAUAAUCGAUGUGGAUGAAAAGAAUCAGAUUCUGACCACAAAUGCGUGGUUAAAUUUGGAAUGGAAUGACUAUAAUUUACGAUGGAAUGAUUCUGAAUAUGGUGGCGUCAAGGAUUUGCGUAUAACACCAAAUAAACUCUGGAAACCAGAUGUGCUCAUGUACAACAGUGCGGAUGAGGGAUUCGAUGGCACGUAUCACACCAACAUUGUGGUCAAACAUAACGGCAGUUGUCUGUACGUGCCCCCUGGUAUCUUCAAGAGCACAUGCAAGAUAGACAUCACGUGGUUCCCAUUCGAUGACCAACACUGCGAAAUGAAAUUCGGUAGUUGGACUUAUGAUGGAAAUCAGUUGGAUUUGGUUUUGAAUUCCGAAGAUGGAGGGGAUCUUUCCGAUUUUAUAACAAAUGGCGAAUGGUAUUUAAUCGCGAUGCCUGGCAAAAAGAAUACCAUCGUUUAUGCCUGCUGUCCGGAACCAUAUGUGGAUGUUACAUUUACAAUACAGAUACGAAGGCGAACAUUAUAUUAUUUUUUUAAUUUAAUUGUACCAUGUGUGCUGAUAUCAUCGAUGGCUUUAUUAGGAUUUACCUUGCCGCCCGAUUCGGGUGAAAAACUUACCUUAGGAGUUACAAUUCUUCUAUCGCUCACAGUGUUUCUCAACCUUGUAGCUGAGACAUUGCCCCAAGUAUCUGAUGCAAUCCCCUUGUUAGGUACCUAUUUCAAUUGUAUUAUGUUUAUGGUGGCGUCAUCGGUGGUCUUAACGGUGGUGGUAUUAAAUUACCAUCAUCGUACAGCGGAUAUACAUGAAAUGCAGCCUUGGAUACGUUCCGUUUUUUUACAAUGGCUGCCUUGGAUUUUAUGCAUGAGUCGUCCAGGUCGUAAAAUCACUAGAAAACAUAUACUCUUAACGAAUCGCAUGAAAGAGCUAGAGUUAAAAGAACGUUCUUCCAAAUCCCUAUUAGCCAAUGUAUUAGACAUUGAUGAUGAUUUCCGGCAUACAGUAUCGGGGUCUCAAACGGCCAUUGGCUCAUCAGCGAGUUUUGGCCGUCCAACGACGGUUGAGGAACAUCAUAAUGCCAUAGGCUGUAAUCAUAAGGAUUUACAUUUAAUUCUCAAAGAAUUGCAAUUUAUAACGGCGCGCAUGCGCAAAUCAGAUGAUGAGGCUGAGCUAAUAAGCGAUUGGAAAUUCGCGGCAAUGGUUGUGGAUCGAUUUUGUUUAAUUGUUUUUACACUAUUUACGAUAAUUGCAACAGUAACAGUUCUACUGUCGGCACCUCACAUAAUAGUGCAAUAGAAUUAAAUGCAACACAAAUGCAAAACUGGAGAUAAAUACUGCAAAUUAAUUAUAAGUUCUCAAUACUUUUUAUGCAAACUUAGGAUAAUUUUGUUGAUACCAAAAGAAAACUACCCCCAACAAAAACAACAACUACAACCACAAAACGCAAACAAAAUUAAAAUCUAUUUAAACA